UAAUCCAAUGGCUUGGCUCCACAGUUCCACACGGUUUGCAUCUACCCCGCCUAAAACAAUUUUGAAAUUGAAACUUUUAUUUGAAACAUGAAUCAAUCUAGUAUUAAUUUUCCAUUACGUCUCUUUUUCUUCUCUCAAAAAGUCUGAAACUGAAACAACUCUCAAAAACAAUGGCAAAAGCAACAGUUGAUUCUGCAAAGAGGGAAACCAAAACCUCCAAUUCUUCCACUUCUUCUCUCCAUCCUCCUUACCUUGAGAUGAUUUGUGAAGCAAUAUCGACCCUGAAGGACCGGACAGGGUCAAGCCAGCCAGCGAUAGCCAAGUUCAUUGAGGACAAGUACAACAAAAUGCUGCCCCCAAAUUUCAAAAAACUGCUAUCGGUUCAGUUGAAGAAGUUCGUGAAUUCCGAGAAGCUUGUGAAAGUCAAGAAUUCCUACAAGAUUUCUUCAACUGAAAAGCUGAAGCUGGCGAUCAAAGAAACCCAGAACAAGAAAGGUACUGCUAAGAACAACUCCUCAACGCCCAAAGAAAAUGCUGCAAAGAAGGUGUCAAAAAAAAGCGUCAAGACCAAGAGGCUGAGUCAGGUUAAGACCCCAGAGGGAUUGAAGAGGCAGAAUUUAAAGUCUGAGAAUAAGGCGAGGGUUGCAAUGAAGACAAGGAAGUGAGAGGUUAUUGAUAAAUGAUGACGAUGUUAGGUUUGUUUUUGUUGUAUGUAGAUAUGUUAGUUAUGCAUAUCUUAUGACGCCAACGCUCCUCAGAUGGAAAACAGUUGAAGUUGCUGUUGUUCUUAAAGCUGUUUAGGAUAUUUUGUGGUUCUAUCAACUUACUAUUGUUGAUCCUUUUGACUGCAAUUUGAAUAUAAAGAUUGUAGCUUUUAAUGUUGUUCUCGGGGCAGUUUUUGUUUCUAGUUUGGUGAUCCAGAAUUUACAAAGAAAAGAGUCACCAAAAAUGUCUAUCAUUCAUGCUCGAAGCAAAAUCAAAUUAGUACUACUAAUACUUACACUUCUUAUUAUAGUUUCAUAAAGUAAUAACAAAUUCUCAAGUCUAGUCUCUUGGAAUGCGAUUUGGCAUUUGAUAUUUGCUUGUUGCAUUGCGAACGCAAUGUAAGAAUCCUGG